CUUGCCCAACCACCCUUGUCGUCGUUGCCGGUGACAGUGGUAAAUGUUCUGUAAUGUCUCUCGUAUAAUCAGCCAUAAUACAUGGCAGAAACGGCUAGUGCAACACAGGAUGUUACAGACGAAUCCGAAGAUACGGGCACGUUGACGGACUUUUUUGGGUCGUCGGCGACGACGAAAGCGUCUCAGGACUAUCUUAAUUACCUGACGACGUUACCCUUGCCGACGCUUUUAUCAGAACCGACACUCUUACAGACGCAAUCGCAUCAUCUCACUUCCAGUCUCACAUCACUCACCCAUACUUCCUAUCCGACGUUCAUCUCCCUUCACACUACCACGACUGCCCUCACAUCCUCAUUAGAUGAUUUCUCUUCAGCCUUACACUCCCUUGUCAGCGAAAGUCUGCCAGCUCUCGAAGACAGCUCAUCAAGAUGGCGUGAACGAACCGAUACUGUUCUCAGCGAACGAAGGAAAGCUCGCGGCGUGCUUGAACAACAUGACAAAAUACGCGACUUGCUCGACAUUCCCCUUCUCAUCGAGUCAUGCGUCCGUAAUGGCUAUUUCUCGGAGGCCUUAGCUCUCUCAGCUCACGCGAAGUCCGUCACUUCCUCAUAUUCCUCUUCUUCACGAACACCUCCGUUGGUACUCAAUUCGGUGAUGUCGGAAGUUCAGAAUGCAAUAGACCACAUGUUGGUUACUCUUCUAUCAACUCUCCAAGAACCGAACCGCAAACUGCCAGCGUUAUGGAAAGCAGUGAAUUUCAUUAGGAAGAUGGAUGUAUUCCGUGAUGAUGGUUCGGAUGCAAAUCCCAGUGCGGUACACCCAGAGGAACAGAUAGCUCUUGCCUUUCUUUCCGGUCGCGAAAAGUGUUUAAGCGCGGCUUUGGAAGGGUGUAAACGAGAUAUAAUGAGAUUGGUCGAGGCUAGUGCCUUGCAGGAGAAGGAUAAGGCUGAUCUCGUCGAACACCUCCGGAAAUAUAUUGAUAUAUGGAGGAAGGAAACGUCUGAUAUUGUUGCCCAAUAUACAUCGAUAUUCCUGGAUCAUCUGGGGUCGGAGAGUUCAGGAAAAGUAUCGUCUUCCACUCUAGCUCCAACAGAUCUGCCGUGGAGAAUACAUACCCUUCUCACAACCUACACCCUUCAUAACCUCGAAAGUCACCUUAUUCCAAUGCUCUCCCCAAAACUCACACUCUCCCGUAUUCCAUUAUCACUACUACAGUCCAUCUUGAAACCUCUUACCUUCUGCUGUAAUUCCUUCGCUCGUAUAGGAAUGGAUUUCGGAGGUAUCAUCGGCUCUUUAUUCUCAGAUGCCGCCCUCGCGAUCGUCACCGAAGACCUGCAAAAUCACACACGAGCCUGGACCGAGCUCCUUAAAGAAAAAACAGGCUCACGAACCAUAGCUCCACCGAAACGCUUGGUCAUUACACCAGGGUCCAACAAAAACACCAACACCUUCCAUCCCCUUCAACUCCCAUCCAAAUGGCUCAUCGCACCCACAGCAGCGAUGAGUUUGUCAUCACCGACGUCGACGUCGAUAUCUGCCACAACGAUUCAGUUACCGGCGCAUGUACCUCCUCCGACAUUGACGAUGUAUCCACCGUUAGCGGUCCAUACCAAUGCCGUGUUGACGACGUUUAACCAUCUUCGGUUGGUUGCACCGACCACGAUAUGUCAUGUUUUACAAGCCGUGCUUGAUAGGGAGAUUGCUCGGUGUGGCAAAGCGCUUUUGGAUUACCUUAGAUGUGUCGUUGAAGAUCCUGCGCUGAAGAGUACUACCCAUGUGACGAAUGGGUAUAACGAGCAUGGGAAUGGAGAUAUGAAGGUGGUGGAUGGGCUGACGAAAGACGAGCAGAUUGUGGUGAUUGUUGGAGAGGUGUUCUUUUGGAUGUGGGUUCCGUUUAUCAGGAGAGCGCUUGGGGAGGGUAUUUAUGGGAUCAAGACAGAUUAUGGGGUUGCGGCUAUAGUAGGUUCGGAUGGAAAGUCCCGGACUAAUGGAACUGCGGAUCCUUUGGGCAUGGAUGAGGGAGGCGAUACGAAAACUGGAAGUCAUCAAUUGCCAGAUAUCGUCCGGGAGUGGGAGGGUUGGCGGAGCGCUCUACAGAGUCGGAGUUGAGGUCCAUUAGUUAUUAUGUUCUUUUGUUCCACAACCAUCUCUAGUUAUUCGCUGUC